AUGAGCUCACGCUGUUUAGUAUCAGAAGGCAAAUGCAGAGCAACACCAUCAAUUGUACAACCAGCAGGACAAAUGACGGGACAUAUUGCUAAGGAUUGUCCCACAUUUGCUCAGAAGAAGGAUGAUAACAAUGAUUAUAACAAGAAGGGGAAAUCACGAGUUUUUACAAUGACCCAGAAGGAUGCAGAGGAAAACUCAAAUGUGAUAGCAGGUACAUUAUUAAUAUAUGAUACACCUGCUUAUGUAUUGUUUGAUGCAAGAGUUACUCAUUUUUUUAUAUCAACAUCUUUCAUCGCUAAAUCAAGUAUUAAUUGUGAUAAAUCAAAGAGUACACUAGAAGUUAGCAUUCCCUCAGGUAGAACAUUGAACACAAAUCAGUUCGCUAGGUCGGUGAAUCUUAAAAUUGAGGGAAAAACAUUUGAAGCAAAUUUGUAUGUGAUAAAGAUGAAAGACUUUGAUAUGAUUUUGGGCAUGGAUUGUAUCGGCCUUAAAGCUGAGAAAAUGUCAAGAAAGGAAAUAUCUCAAGGAUUUCCAGUUAAUAUCUCAGGAGAAAAACUGGCAACGAUAAAGAUUGAGGAUGUACUAGUGGUACAAGAAUUUAUAGAUUUGUUUCCAGAAGAUCUACCUGGUAUUCCACUAGAUAGACCAGUGGAAUUCACAGUAGAUUUAGUUCCCGAAGUAGCGCUAGUAUCUAAAACUCCAUACAUAAUGGUCCCAAAAGAACUUCAGGAGUUAAAAAUUCAGUUACAAGAACUGUUAGACAAUUGGCUUUAUUCGACCAAGUGUAUCGUCAUGGGGCGCACCGAUAUUGUUUGUAAAGAAGAAAGAUGGAAGUAUGCGGAUGGGUAUCGACUAUCGGGAGUUGAACCAUUUGAUUGUCAAGACUAG